GAGACACUUGGGGAGCGCCUUGUUCUCUUUGUGCUGAACCGUAUUGUGUACCGGUGCUGUGACAUGGACAGCAACACAGACAGCCCAUUCCUCACACACUCUGCUAAGGAGACAGCCAAAUUGCUGUGGGUGGAUGGAAAGGCAGUUGGCUUUUAUACAGUCAAGCUAAAAGGUACCUUAUGUCAUGCUUUCCUGAACAAAGUCUAUGGGCUGAACUUGAUUGACACCAUCUUCAUCAGGAAGUCAUACCGUAACCGUGGCUACGGUUUGCAGCUGUUGGAGGACAUACUAGAGAGUCACUCUGAGGGCAAUGUUGGGUUCAGCUACCCCAUGUCUGACUCCAUGUAUGCAGUGUGCUACAAGUACCUGCAGAGCCAUGGGAGGACAGAGAUUACCCGUGGGGAAUGCCUGGCACCCUGGAGAUGAGAUGCAGAGGGCCAACAUCUGGCUACAGCUACAUGGGGAGAGGAAAGCCAUAGCCCAGGCAGUGGAGGCCAAAAUCAGCCUCACAACUCCUGUGAAUGGUGACAUGGGCAGCAGUGAGGAGAACUCCAUGGAAGUGGAGGAGUCUGCCGAUGACUCAGUCUGUACUCCAUCAGAGGAAGAGGUCACUGAACCCGAACAACCUAAGGGAAGCCAGGAGGAUGACAUCAUGAUGCAGGAAGAAGUUGAGGACCAAGAAGAAGAAGACAAAGUGGAGAAAGAGAAGGAGGAGGAAGUACCAGAGGCUACAGAGGAUGAGAUGGAAGAGGAAGAGAUGGAGAGCCAAGUGGAGGAGGAGGAAGUCCAAGUGGUGGAUGUUGAGGAAGAAGGGAAGGAUGAAGAACACUCCAACAAAGUGCAGGUGGAAGAAACUGCAGAUGAAGAAGUAGAAGAGACUAAUGAGGAGGAGGAGCAGAUACCUGAGGAGGCAGAGGUAGAAGAGGAGAAGGUUGAAGAGGAGAAGGUUGAAGAGGAAAAGGUUGAAGAGGCUGUUAUUGAAGAGGAAGAAGAGGAAGAGAAAAAACAGGAAGAUGCUCCUGAGGCACUGGAUGGGAAUGUAGGUGUGAUAGACACCCCAGGAGCUGAAGAUGCUGCUGCUGUUGUUGAGAGCAUAGAUCAUGCAGAUGCUGCUGAAAUUACAGAAAAUGGAGAUGAGGAAAAACAGGAAGAUGCUGAAGCAGAACCUCUGCAAAAAGAUGAAGAGGAACUCCAUGACAAUGAGCUGGAAACAGAAGCUACCCUUAAAGACAAAGAUACAGCAGAUAAGGCUGAUGAAGAUCCAGAUUCAGGUUCCCCUGCAGAGGAAGCUGAACCUGAGAACGUUGUUGUUGAAGAGGGAUGUGAAACUACAGGGUCACAAGUAGAAGAUGCAAGUACUGCUGCUGUUACAACCCAACAGGACAAUGCAGGGCAGGAAACAGAAGCUACUGAAGAGAGUACUGCAGCAGAGGACGCUGUUCCACAUGGAGAGCCAGACGCACCACCAGCAGAAGUAGAGGAAGAGCCUGUACAGUACAAUGACACUGCAGUGGAGGCUGAAGAAAUGGAAGAGGAGAAGGCGGAAGAGAAGUUGUCACAUAAACCUGAAACAGCAGCAGUAGAAGGAACUGAGAAGAUAGACAUGUCAGGAGAAGCCAGCACAUCACAGGAAGGGACUCAAGUACAAGAACUUCCUACAGAACCACUGGCCUGUAAGGAGAAUGAAGCAUCAGGAAGUAAGGACCAGGACAGUGCAGACAGCUCUCAGGAGGAUGUGGAGGAAGUCAAGCAGAAACGAGGUCGAGGAAGACCAAGGAAGAAUGCAAGAGAGGCAAAGGCACCUCAAGAAACUGAAGAAAAUGAGAUGUUUGACAAGGAGAACACGACAGACGAGGAACUUUCUACUGGCAAGGACCAGGACACCGGAGAAAGUUCUCAAGAUGAGGAGACAGAGGAGCUGAAGAAACCUCAGAGAAGGACCCCUCGAGGGAAGGGCAGGAAGAGAAGGUCCAAGAUGACAGAGGAUGAGGAGAAUGUGCCAAGCCCCAGGGUGUCCAAGAGAAGAAAGGUGUGAUUAUAGAAGAUUUGUUUUUCUGGACUUCACACUGAGCCAAGAACUUCACACACACAAAGAAUUCCAGGUGUUCAGUUUUUCAGUGUCAACUUCAUUCCCACAAAUGAGCUCUUAAAUAGUGCAACCUCAAACAUGACUCUGGCCAGCAGGUACAUGUUAGUUCUGGCACAAUCCUGAAUGUAAUAAUAAAGGGAAAUUAAACUAGCCUAUUGUAAAAGUAAUCAUGUUUUUUUGUGUCAGCUUAAAGUUUGAGGACUGUAACAUGACAAAAGAUGAUGCAACAUGUAGUUGUCAUGAUAUCCUUUGCUGGCAACGCAUUUGCCAUAACACAAAAUAUCUUCUGUGUUUAUGUACCCAAUUUUCAGAGAUAUUUCUUUUGGGAACAAAUUACCAGUUAAGUGUACUGAGAAAUGGCUGGCAAACGGAUAGCUUACACCUUGCAGAGAAGAUAAAUAUGAAGUGUUAAUAAUAUUGUAUUAUGCGAAUCAAUGUAUGACUCCCUAUCAUUACUGGCAGUAUUUCCUCACCUGGGAUAAAAAGGUGUGUAUACUAACCUCAGUAGGUAGCUAUGUAUAUAGCAAAAAAAAAACAUGAUUAUAUUAUGGUGAAACUAGCCUGUUACAUAUGUGCCAACAUUGCAAGGUUUAUGUCUUUAGCACAGAUAUUUAAGGCAUUUCACCAGGCUAAAUAUUUGCUCAUUUAUGAAUUAAAAAAAGAAUGGAGCCAUAAUGAAUAUUGAUAGAUGGACAUGAAAGAAUUAGAAAAUAUUUGUUUUCAUCUAAUUAAAAAAUUAUAAUUUUCUAAUAACUACAGAUCAUUACAUGAUAUCAAUUAGCUCAAACGUUUAAGUUUGUAGCUUUUAUCAUUAUGCACAUGAAAAACCAUUGCAGUGGUAUGUACCAAAGUGCUGUAUUUCCUCAUGAAAAAAAUAAUAUUAGGGGCAAUAAAACUGGAUGAUGUCAUCUUUUCAUGCCCAUCUAUCACUUUUGGUUACAGCUCUUCUUUUUUUCAUUCAUAAAUGAGAAAACAAUAGAAGGUCAAAAUGCCGAUUUAGCCAGGUGAAAUACCUUCACAUCAAAUAUCUGGCCGUCAAUAAGGAAUAAUUGACCGGAAGAUGUACGGACAAUUCUUGUGAAGCUUCCAGGUAAGCUUGUAACUUGUAGUGUUUUGUUAUACUUUGUUUUUGCCAUUUUGGCAUAUUUUUAGCAUGUCAGUGAAUCAAAACAGAGGAUCCUACUUAUCAUAAGUAGCUGGUAUGAUUUUAAUUUUUCUAGCUUCUUUUGAAAGGGUCCAAAUAGUUGGUUGUCUCUAGGCCAUUAAGCUUAGUAACUUAUAUUAGGGAAAGUUUCCAUGUUGUACCUGCAAAGUGCUAUUGGCAUGUAGGAUGCAUAUUACAUGCGUCAUUAAUACAUGGAAUCUGACCUAUCAUUACAUUUAUUUUCUCGUUAUUUUUGACCAGGGAAGAGUUUAUCAAAUGGAAAAAGAAUCCACAAAUGAGCAAGUAUGUCAUUACAAGUUUGUUUUUACCACCUUAAAA